AUGACUUCCAAACUCUUCUUCACAUUAGCAGUAAUAGUUAUCUUGUAUGCACUCAUAGCCGUCAAUCAUAUCACGCUACUGAAAGUUGUCCCAAUUGUGCGUGUCGUAGGACCUGAAAGUAUGGCAUUUGACCUACUUGGUGAGGGUCUCUAUGCAGGAAUAUCAGAUGGUCGGAUCAUCAGGUGGCAAGAAAAUGAACAACGGUGGAUCAAUUUUACAAUCACUUCCCGAUUGAGAAAAGGGUGUGAAGGGCAACAUGAUCAUCAACUAACAGAGCACAUUUGUAGGCGUCCACUUGGCAUCUGUUUCAAUGAAGUCACUAAUGAGCUUUACAUUGUCGAUGCUUACAUGGGGCUACUAAAAGUUGGCCCUGAAGGUGGCUUGGCAACUAGCAUUGCAACGCAUGCUCAAGACCCUUUGUUAUUCACCAAUGGUUUGGACAUCAACCAAUUCGAUGGAUCCAUUUAUUUCACUGACAGCAGUUCUUUUCAUCAAAUGAGGAAUUUUAUCUCCAUAAUACUAAACGGGGAUAAAACGGGAAGGUUGAUGAAAUAUGAACAAGAAAGCAAGCAAGUACGUGUUGUUUUAAACAAUCUUUCAUUCCCCAAUGGAGUGGCAUUAAGCAACGGUGGCAGCUUUCUUGUCUUUGCCGAAACCACCAAGUGCAGAAUCCUAAGGUACUGGCUGAACACAUCAAAAGCUGAAACUCUGGAAACUUUUGCACAACUCCCAGGAUUCCCAGACAACAUCAAACGAAGCCCCAGAGGAGGAUUUUGGGUGGCCAUGCAUUCAAGAAGAGACAAGAUUUUAGCUUGGAUUCUCUCAUUUCCUCGACUGGGAAAUGCUUUGGUUAGGUUGCCUAUUGACGUUACGAAAGCUUAUUUAGUUUUGUCAAAGUACAGAGGGAGUGGAUUGGCAAUGACGUUAAGUGAGGAUGGUGAGAUUUUAGAAACGAUUGAAGAUAAAAAUGGAAACAAAAUCAGUGAAGUGCAUGAGAAGGAUGGGAAUUUAUGGAUUGGAUCAAUUGACACGCCUUUUGUUGGUAUGUAUAGGAUAUAA